AUGAAUCAUAUAAUUAUUCAACCAGAAGCAACAAGAACUUAUUCGAUCGAACAAAAGAUUGGUAAAGAGAGAAAUCAACAAAAGAGAAGGAAUUAUGGUUGUAUUGGUAAUCAAGCUCUGUCAUGGAUACUUGUACUAUUUCUAGUCUAUUUUACAUAUCGUAGUCUUUGGACUUUUUUGGUAUUCUCUGUCAUUGAUUCUUUAGUUGGUGACGAUUAUAGGAUGAGAUCAACUCCUGAUAUGACUCAUGUCUUUAAAGCUCUAGAUAUGGAUUUAACAGCCAAUUUCUUAAUUGAAUUAUUGAUAUUGACUAUUGUUUGGUUUAGUAGAUUUAUAAUAUCAAUCAAUGAAAAGAAAUUGUAUGACCAAACCUAUAAAAAUAGUGACAGUUAUAUUCAACAAUUGUGCAAGGCAACACCAACCCUUUCCAUUGAAUCAAUAUCAUUCCAUUGGCAAGAGAAAAAAGGAGGUUGGAGUGAAAAGGUAAUCACUCAUCAAGAGAUUGUUGAAAUUCCAAUUUACAAAUCAAAGGAUCUAUCACCACCUUUAAAAAUUAAUUCUAGAAAAAAAAUUAUCAAAGUUUAUUUUGAAAAAGAUUAUGUUUUGGAUGAAUUCUCUCAAAAUAUGGUUCAUGAAAUUAAAACACAAUUAAAACAAAAUAAUAAGAAAAAGGAUAUAAAUUUAGAGAUUACUACUAGAUUUGAUAUUGAAGGGUAUUGUGAAGAAAAGGUUAUUGCUCCAAGAGGAGUACCAUGGUAUGUAAGACCAUUUUGGAGAAUCCUGGCAAAUACUUUGUUUCUAUGGUAUCCACUGGAUUGGUUAACCAAGAGAAAUUUGGCAGUUUCCAGUUUCCAAGUUAUUAAACAAAUUCAAUGUUCCAAAGUUAAAAAAAAUUAA